UCAAAAGUCCUCAGCUGGGAUUACACUUUGUCAAUGCUGCAGGGAUUACACUUCCCAUUGUCGGCUACUAUGCUGGAGACUCAUCCAUCAUAAAACCAAUCAUGCUAUAUUAAUUAAUAACUUAGCAAGAGACCGGAAUGCUGCAAGCCAUUUUUUUUGUUAGAAUAAUGCUUCUGAUCAAUUUCUUAUGCUGGUUGCUCAUAGUGCUAGAUGUCGAUGCAGUCCAUGGCGGAAUAAUUUGCAGAGAAGCAAGAUGUAAACCGGACGGCCCAGCCAUCCGAUUCCCAUUUCGACUUAUUAAAGGUAAAGGUAAGCAGUCAACCCAUUGCGGUUACCAUGGCUUUGAUCUAUCAUGCACUGACGACAACCAGACUCUGCUCGAGAUGCCAUCUUCAUCUAACAACCUCUUCGUUGAAAAGAUUAACUACGCAUCUCAGGAGAUUGAAAUAUCUGACCCAUUGGGAAAUAUUUUUAACUUCAGUUUAUCUUCUUUUUUUUUUUUGGUCAGAAACUUCAGUUUAUCUUCUUCUCCCUUACAAUUUGUGCCUGGACACAAUAACUAUAAUUAUACCCUAUUUAGCUGCCCAUUUUCUGAAGCAAGAUACUACGGCGAUUUUUGUGGGAUGGAACUGGGAUCUUACCGCUUUGAGCAGAAAGAUCCUGAAAACCAGACAUAUGCUGUCAAGUCUCAAUGUUCUAUUGAUAGACUGCCCCUAGAGUCUUGUACCAAGCUACAUGACUAUACAUCAAUUCCAGACAUAUCAUCCCAAAUGAAGUUGCAUUGGUCCAAACCAUCAUGUCGACAUUGCGAAGAGAUGGGCAAGGCAUGUAGAUCAAAGAUUAGUGAAUAUAGUCUUGCACGUGUUAAUAAGACUGCAGAAAGAGAAUGUUUAGAUUUCGCUGAAGAUAGUAGCCAUAGAGGGACACGCAUAAAGAUAUCAGUUUGCACAGUUUCUGUGGCUUUUAUUGCAGUGGGGGCUCUCAUCAUCUACCAUGCCUACAGCCCCAACAAAACAGAGAAAACAAAUCAGUUGAGAAUUGAAAGAUUUUUGGAAGAUUACAUAGCUCAGAAGCCAAGCAGAUAUUCCUAUGCUGAUAUUAAGAGGAUAACAAAUCAAUUCAAGGACAAGUUGGGGCAAGGGGCCUAUGGAACAGUUUUUAAAGGGAAGCUUUCCUCUGAAUUUCUUGUUGCUGUGAAAAUCCUCAACAAUUCAAAUGAAAAUAAUGGAGAAGAUUUUACAAAUGAAAUGGGAACAAUG